GUUUCGAGGUGGUGGUACCGCGCAUGCGCGGAGCGGGUGGCGCCGGGGCUGCGGGCAGCCAGGUGAGCGCGGUUACGGCCCGGUGUCAGCGCUGUGCUCGGGGCGGCCCCAUCUCGGCUACAAACGGCCCCGCCUGGCCCUGCCCGCGGGAGGCAGGCGGCAGGGAGAGCACGGCGGGGCGAGGAGCCCCGGGAGCCGGCGGGACCUGAGGGAACGGCCUGGAGCUGCGUCUAGCGGGGGGACAGGGAUUGGAUACCAGAAAAAGUUCCUCAAUGGAAAAGGUGUUGAAGACAGCCACCAGCACUGUGGAAGCAUGGAGACAGAAUAGACGUGUAUUGACACCCUUAAGAAUAUAUUGGGCAAACUGAAGGAAAUGAAGAGCUUGAACCAUCACUUCAGCAUGGCAGCAACUGAAUCCGACAAGGACUCCGGAUACUCAGAUGGCAGUUCAGAGUGCCUAAGUGCUAUGGAGCAUACUGACUCUGAGGAUGUCCUGAAUGCAUUGUGUUGGAAUGCAGAAGAUGGGCCUUGGCCAUGCCCCGUGACCACGAGCAGCUCUUUUCCUGCACUUUCUCCUAUGGUUGUAAUGAAAAAUGUUCUAGUAAAGCAGGGGAGUUCGUCCCAGCUCCAGUCUUGGACUGUCCAGCCAUCCUUUGAAGUGAUUCCAGCUCAGCCACAGCUGGUAUUUCUUCACCCAUCAAUCCCACCUCCCAUUAACCCUCACCCUGCUGGGAAAAAGAGAAACGAUUCCACUAACUACUUGCCCAUCCUGAACUCUUACCCCAAAAUAGCACCACAGCCCUGCAAAAGAGAUCACUCCUUCGAUCUAGAGGAACGUCAGGAAACCAGUUGCCGUAAACGACUCUGCACAGAAGCAUCUAAAAUGGAUACUUCUCCUGUAUCAAGGAGCACAGGUUUGUCUACUAGUCCUUUUUCCCACCUACCAGUAAGCUUUAAGGCUCCUCAGGAUUCUAACCAGCAAAGUUCUUCAAGUUUGAUGACAACUGGAAAAUUAUCAACUCUUCCUGGUUUCCACUGUGUUUCUGCUGACACUCCAAAAGUUCCAGGCUUGGCUUCUCUGUUGCCUUUUGGAACUCUACAGACGGCAAAGUGCACUCCUCAUGAGAAUGAGAGUGAAGCACAAACUACAAUGCAGUCUGCGGUGUGGAGCCUGCCAUUGAUACCAGAAGAGACUUGCACUACCCCUGAGCUGCUUUUGCAACAGCAAAGUAAGUGCAGACGUUUUCAGAAUACACUCGUUGUGCUACGUAGGUCAGGAUUGCUGGAGAUCACUUUAAAAACCAAGGAGCUCAUUCAUCAGAACCAGGUGACUCAAGCUGAGCUGGACAGGCUGAAGCACCAAACACAACUUUUCAUAGAGGCAAUAAAGAACAAUGCUCCACAGUCAUGGGCAGAGCUAGAAGCAUCUUUAACAGGUUCAGAUAAAGCUAAUAGCAACCUUGAAGAUUCCACUUAUCCAAACAUGUAGUAAAAUGGUACAUAGCUGUUAAAUUAUUCCUGUGCCUCCUAUUUCCUUUGUCAAGCUUUUAUUUGAACGUACUGAGUCCAAGAUGUGUAAGAUGGCAUGACAUUUACAACUUGUCUUUACAGCCAGUCAUGGGACUGGGGCAGCACAGUGGGAUCUUGACAAGAUGAAUACUCACUACUCCAGUGUGACCUUGAACUUCAUACUAACUCUAUACUUUCUUGAACUUCAGAAGCUUGGAUGUGCUCUGCUGGCAUGUUCCCAUUCUUGCUGUGAGAAGACAGUCAUUUGCAGAAUUAUGCAAGCAAGUUUCUUCCUAUUUCCAUCUUCAGAUAGUCAGUUCUGAGAGUGGCAUAGCAAAACAGUCCUCAGUAUUGGGCUAUCACCAGUUGCAAGUAGAUGAUAAAGAGAGUAGGUGUGAGGAGAAGAAGCUUAGCUUGGUGGGGUGAUAUGAGACUGCUGACUGUUGACAGAAGUCUUGCUUUUGGGGUUACACUUGUUCUGAAUUAGUGGAGAUCUGCUUGUGGUGAAGCAGCAUUCUGUAUUUAUUGCAAUCUUUGACCAAAGUGAUGAGUCUUAGGAGCCCAGUGACUUGAUUUUUGAUGAGCAUACGUUGGAUUGUGAUCUGUAAAGAUGAGUGAAUGAGAAUUGCAAGGCUUGCACUGCAAGUAUUUGUUUCAAAGCUGUAUUUAUUUGCACUACCCAUUAGUGACUAAAAAGUGUACAGGGAAAGUGGCUUUGGAUUUUCUUGGUAGAAUGCAGAGGUGUUUUUUAACAUAAUGCAAGGAAGAUACUUGUUUACCAGGGUUAAUUUGGCAAGACUAGUUAAAGGUUAUUUUAUGUGUAAAUCUUUUGUUUGUAAGGCUGAACUCCUCCUUUUUUUUUUUUUUUUUUCUGUGAAAUUGUUCCGAUCUUGUUCAAUAUCUUCAUCAGUGAUGCUGAUGAGGGGAUAACGUCCACGCUCUGCAAGUUUGCUGACGAUACGAAGCUAGGAGGAAUGGCUGAUACACCAGAAGGUUGUGCCAGCGAGACCUGAACAGGCUGAAGAGUUUGGCAGAGAGGAACCAGGUUAGGUUUAACAAGAGCAAGUGAUGAAUCUUGCACCUAGGGAGGAAUAACUGCAUGUACCAGUACAGGUUGAGGGUGACCUGCUGGAAAGGAGAUCUGCAGAGAGGGACCUGGGUGUCCUGCUGUACAGCUGGUUGUCCAUGAGCCAUCAGUGUGCCCUGGUGGCCAAGAAUGCCAAUGGCAUUCUCAGAUGCCUUAAAAAGAGCAUGGCCAGCAGGUCAAGGGUGAUGAUCUUCCCCCUCUACUCUGCCCUGGUGAGUCCUCACCUGGAGUACUGUGUCCAGUUCUGGGCUCCCCAGUACAGAAAAGACAGGGAUCUUCUGGAAAGAGUCCAGUAGAGGGCCACAAAGAUGAUAAAGGGCCUGGAGCACCCCUCUUUUGAGGAAACGCUGAGCGACCUAUUCCUGUUCAGCCUUGAAAAAAGAAGACUGAGAGGGGAUUUGAUCAGUGUUCAUGAACAUCUAAGGUGCAGAAGGCAGAGGGAUGAGGCCAGACUCUUUUCAGCAGUGGUAACAGGACAAGGGGGAAUGGCCACAAACUGAAGCAUAGGAAGUUUUGCUCAAAUGUGCAUAGAGAUUUCUUCAUGGUAACAGUGACAGAGCACUGGAAUGGGCUGCUCAGAGAGAUGUGAAGACACCUUCUCUGGAGUUAAGACCCACAUGGAUGCCUACCUGUGUAACCUGGUCUAGUUAGCCUACUUUGGCAGGGAGUUGGACUAGAUGAUCCUUAGAGGUCACUUCCAGCCCUUACAAUUCUGUGAAUCUGUGAGAUCAAUUGCUAAGAAUGGAAAAAAAGGAGAGAAGUGAGAGGAAAAGGGGCAUAUUGGCUCACGGUAAAACAAGUCCUACCAUCUCCCUUCCCUCCUUUUUGAGGGAAAUUUAGUAAAUGUGUGUACUUAAAAAUAACUAUAUAAAAAGAUGUCAACUUGGAAAAUCUUACUAUAAGUUUUAUCUGCUUGAAUUUGAAAUUAAAAUUAUUUUCUUCCACAUAAAUGUAUCUCAUCCCUAACCUGCUUGACAUGAAAUGUAGUUAAGGCCUAACAUCUUAUUCAGUGUUAUUAGCAGACAUCUGCAGUAGUCAGUUGCAAAAGCUAUUCUACAGAUGUCAGUUUAUCUGGACACUUGUGUCAGUCCCUUCAAUAAAAAGGGUUUGUAUGUUUUUUACCAGAGGCAGUCUAUGUAAAAGAACUAAGAGUGUCUCCCUAUGAAGGCUAAGAAAUAUAGAUUGCUUAUAGUGUGUUCAUUUCCACUUUAAAAUGCUUUCCAAAAAUUGUGCCAUGUAGAUCACUGGGUAUUUUGAUGCUCUGAUCACUUCACUUCAGAUUCUUAAAAAGGGUACUUGAAAUUAUAAUAGAACUCUUGCUAGUUUGUGGUUACACCCCUUCAUUUUCUGACGCCUUUGGGAAUCAAGAUUAGAGAAGGCUGUGGAGAAUGCUGUUGUAGACUUCCUAAAAUACACCUGGUAGAAAAGGUGCAAGGGAUUUCCCUCUAGCAAGAAGUUUCCCCCUUUUUAGGGGAACAAUUGAUGAAAAGAAAUGCCGUGGAUAUCUCAUGCGGAGGAGAAAGGGAAGUCACGUUUUUCCCUAGCCAGAAGCCUAGAGGUAAGUUUUGUGGCAGGAUUCCCCAUUAUGCCCUUUAUGAUCUGUAACAAACGAAUAGCAAUGCAUUUCAUAAUAUCCUGCCCUCCUGCUGAACUGCUACUCCUGUAGCAGUACAUGGCAAUAUAUUAAGAGAGAAAUUUUUGAAGACUGUGUUGUAUUUUCAAUAUAAUUGUGCAUAAUAGGAUAUCUCCCAACCUGCAGCACAGCAGUAUCAAAAUUCAACCAGAGAAACCAGAAGGCAGAAAGGCAGCAUAAUACAAUGUAAUAAUGCAGGACGUAACUAGCUCUUCUAGAACUACAUGUGAUAUGUGCAUUAAAUGACAAUUGUUGGGUGGAUGGAUAUGGUGGGACCUCAUGCCAUUUGUGUAAGAAUCCCAGAAGAUAAGAGCUUCUGAGAGGAAGGAGUAGGAGGCAGUUCCAUUGAUCUGAUACCUUUAAUAGGCUUAGAGGUGUGGGAAAGUGCAUAGGAUAUCUUUUCGAUUUUUCUUAGCAUUCUUAUUCUAUCUAUCAAUUAUAGAGGGGAAUAGAGAGGAAGCACUCGGCAACAUAAAUAGGAAGUUCGGAAUGCGUUAAUAGGAAGUGAUUGUUAUCCUAGAAAACACGAUGGUGGAUUUAGGCUUUUUCUAGAGAUGAAAGGAGGUAAGAAAAAAGGUGAAUUCUAGCUGUUUAUGAUGAAUGAGUACACCAAUGACUUCUUAAGCAAUUCUGUGUUAUUACUCUGAAGGGACCUUCAGAGGUCGUAGAGUCAAACUGCCUAACUGCUUGAGGGCUAAGUGAAAGCUAAAGCAUGUUGAUGAGGGUGUUAUCCAAAUAUCUUUUUUAGUAUUCCAAGCAUGGUGCAUCAGCCCCAUCGUAGAGAUUUUCUGUGGAGAACCUGUUCCACUGUUUGACCAACCUUACAGUAAAGAAUUUAUUUUUUUACUGUUUUAUCUCCAUCCUAUUUCUGCUGCUCUGUUGGAGUAAAGGGAAUGGAGAAACUGGCCUCGCAGAACACUUUGAUUUAGAGAACCUCUAGCUGCUAGAACUCUCUCAUAGUCCUUCCAGCACCAUGUAUGUCUUUUCCCGACAACACCAAGAAUGAGCUGUGUACACUUACUGCUGAUGGGCAUUUCAAAUGGUUGAUUUGAAUAAAUAUAUAUUUGAUAAAUCUGGGAAUAAUGUCCAGCAGCUGGUUAGAAAUCUACUGGAUGUCAGUCCAGAUUUAAACAGUUUUUGCUGAACUAGAAAAAUCACUCCAGAACUCCUAAGAUAGGUAAGGCCCCAUAGGAACUGUAUCACUGACAAAUUUUGCUUCAAGGUUUGUGGUUAUGAGAAAGGAUUUUGAAGGCCCCUAAUGACAGAUACAUUGUCAACUAUCUUUCUGUUCAGUUUCUCUUAGCUGCCUUUAUUCCUAGAUGUUCUAGUAAAGCUUUAAACAAUAAGGACUUGCCUUUCUUGGCUGCAAUUUAAUAAAACAGUGUAGCUCUGGUGCUCUUUUGAGGAAAAUCAGUUGACCGUGUUAGGACCAGAAAGAUGUUGAUUCUGGGCAGGGGUCUGGAAGUGGUCCAGUGGAGCAGAAACAUUAGCCUCUUUAAUUGGAAGCAAGUAACAGUGAACUUAGAGGGUUCUUUUACUUUAAAAGUGGCAAGACAAGUCAGGCUAAAGACACCUGGCACAGCUUAAGAAGUCAACUAGAUGGUCUGCUGGGACUUAGUUGCUUCAGACAAUUAGCAAGCAGGGUAUCUUUGUGGCUCAGACAGACGGCUGUUUUUCUAUUGAGGUUAAAUAAACAUCAUUAUUUUUUGACUACUCUUGCUACAUAUUUUUGAAGUUCUGUUGCUCUAGUUGGAAUGUAAACCUUUUCUGUACCUUUCAAGUUUAUUGUCAGCUUUGAAUACAGUAGCCUAAGAGCCCUGUUAUAAAACAUGACCUUUUUAUUAAAUCUUAACACAAACAGACUGAAAUAUGAAUCAAAUAAAGUAUAUAGCUGAAAAGUAUAUGGCUUGGUCUAGUGCUGUUGAACUGCCAAGUCCUUGAUUCCAAAUCAUGCUUUGCUUAUUUCCACUAGGCCAUGUUCUCCAUGUGGGAAAGUGCAGAUCCAGAAGUGAUACUAUGAUUUCUUACUAAAGAGUGAUACGUGAGCUUUAACAGUAUAUAUGAAUUAAAGGAUUUCUGGGAGGAGCCUGACACAGAGUGACUUGUGCAGGACUCUAAAAAUAUAUUGCAGUGUGUGACCAUUGCCAUAGAUCUGUCAUAAAAACUUGGAAGAAUUUUUCAGUUUCUUAACUGUUACUUCUAUGUGAUGACUGUACAUUAUGCUCACCGUCUGUGCGGGGUGAACUCCUACACUUGCUUAAUCUGCCAGCCAGAUAUGCAUAAGGUCUGAAUUGUGAAGGGUAUGGAUAGUUUGUUACCAAAAGGAUUACUUGAGUGAAAAAAAUCUAGUCCCUCUCUUGGAGGUGAAUGCUCAUCAACUAAAUCUGUAUUGCAGAUUUUCAAUAAAACAUGUUUUUUUUCAAAA